UCAUUUGGUGGUGGAAGCUUCCUCACUCGACGACAAUCAACGGGAGAAGCUCAAUCGCAAACUAUUCUACGUUUACCUUCUUAUCCACCUUCCACACCUGAUCACGAGUGUGUCUCGUUUUGUGCUCCCGAGGGCACCUAUCGAUUAGCUCAUCAAAUCUUCUUUCGUUCCGUCGCUCCGCUGUAUACUGUAGGCACCACCGCCAGUCUCGUGUGUAUCAAGUACAAAGAAACCACCAAUAAUCAUCUGCAUCGAUAUGAACCGCAACCGGGCGCACUCAGCUUUCGACGCAUGUUCACCAACCACGGCAUGACCACCAUGGCCGAUUCCGACGACGAAACCAUCUUUCGCACGCCGUCUAUUUCCAGUAGCACCUCGAGUCGCAAGACGUCCGUU